CCCCCGGUCUCCUUCUCUCUCUGCUGGGUCACCUCCGUUUCUUUCUUUCUUAUUUGUCUAGAUACUCGCACAUCAGCACCACUCACCGACGACCCAGAAUCAAGAAAUCAGCGCACACCCACCUCCUCAUUCCGUCUCUCCGAUCUGAGGAUAAUCCAGUUCUCAAGAUGGAGGAGAUGAGGAAAGCGAUUUGGGUGAUUCUGGCAAUGGCGGUGUUUGCGAGCAGUGCGAUGGUGGGUGUUCGUGGGGAUGAUACCAAGAUUUUGGUGAAGAAGGUGAAGGGGGAGAAGGUGUGUAUGCAGGGAUGGGAGUGUAACACUUGGUCGAAGUACUGCUGUAACCAGACGAUCACCAACUUCUUCCAGACUUACCAGUUCGAGAACCUCUUCUCGAAGCGGAAUUCGCCGGUGGCCCAUGCCAUCGGCUUCUGGGACUUCCAGUCCUUCAUCACCGCUGCCGCCCUCUAUGAACCCCUUGGCUUUGGUACCACUGGUGGCCAUUUAAUGCAGAUGAAGGAGAUCGCUGCCUUCCUCGGCCACGUUGGAGCUGCGACUUCUUGUGGCUAUGGAGUAUCAACUGGAGGACCUCUAGCAUGGGGUCUUUGCUUCAACAGAGAAAUGAGCCCUAGCCAGUCAUACUGUAAUGACUACUACAAACUCACCUAUCCUUGUAGUCCUGGAGCUGAAUACUAUGGCCGUGGUGCCCUGCCCAUCUAUUGGAACUUCAAUUAUGGUUACAUUGGCGACUUUUUGAAGGUGGACCUGCUGAACCAUCCAGAAUACAUUGAGCAGAACGCAACCCUCGCCUUCCAAACUGCUAUUUUUAAGUGGAUGACUCCGAUCAAGAAAUCACAGCCUUCGGCUCACGACAUCUUCGUCGGUAACUGGAAGCCCACCAAGAACGACACUUUGGCCAAGCGUAUCCCGGGCUUCGGCGCCACAAUGAACAUCCUUUAUGCAGAUCAAGUGUGUGGACAGGGCGAUAUUGACAGCAUGAACGUCAUCGUCUCCCACUAUCUGUAUUACCUCGACCUGAUGGGUGUUGGCCGAGAGGAGGCUGGACCCCACGACUACCUCACUUGCGCGGAGCAGGUCGCAUUCAACCCUACUUCUUCCUCCUCCUCUUCCACUUCUUGAGCCUCUGAGUAUCUCGCCCAGAUGUUCAACCGGUCUCCGGUGAAGUCAAGCGUCGAAAGAAAUUGUGCAUGUGUUUUGCAUCCAGUGAAUAUCACUAAGUAAACCCUGUGAAUCGGCCCACUGCCAUUAUUUGUUCUUUCUAUUUAUGUCCAGGUUCGGUUUGUUUGUGGAAUAUACAUAAUGUGUUGCAGUAUAAUUUGUAAUUUUUGUCA